AAAGUAAAAAAAAAAGGAAAUGUCCUGGAAAAGUGUUUAAAAAUGGUAAUAAUUUUAUAAAAUGAUGUCAAAUGUGUAGUUAUGAUAAUGUUAAAUAUGUAAUAUGGUCAGUGUGGUUGUCCCCCGUUGUUGUCUUCCGUGUCUCUAACAUGUCCUGGUGUGUCCUCUGCAGGAGGCGAUGUGGGGAGCAGGGAGGAUGCGCAGGGUCCAGCCCUGAGGAGGCGUCCUGCGGUGGCUGGGAGGAGCGCGGCCCUCCUCUGGCCCUCCUGCGGCGCUCCGGGACGCUCCUACUAAGAUGUCCCUCAGCAGCGGCCCUGCAGGCGGGAAAGGUGUGGACUCCAACGCGGUGGACACGUACGACAGCGGCGAUGAGUGGGAUAUCGGUGUUGGCAAUCUGAUCAUUGACCUGGACGCCGACCUGGAGAAGGACAAACUAGAGAUGUCGAGCAGUAAGGAGGGCGGCGGCAUGGCGGCCCCGCCCAGCGCCGUGGCGGCGUUACCGGACAACAUCAAGUUCGUCAGUCCUGUAGCCGCCACGCAGGGCAAAGAGAGCAAAUCCAAAUCCAAACGCAGCAAGAACUCUAAGGAGAGCGUGAAGGGCCCCGCCGCAGACGGAGCCAAGAAGGAGGUUCAGGGCCGGGCCCUCGGGGACCCGCCACCUCAAAACUCCACCCCCACUAAAGGAACUGACAAGUCCAGUAAACCGUCCCGCACCCUCCCCUCUGUGAAAAAGGACAAGGAUGGGGCGGUGGGGAAAACUAAGAAGGACAAAAUGGAGGUCGUGUCCACGGGAGCGGUGAACGCUGAGAAAGAGGCCCCCGUCCUGCCGUUAGGGGCCCCUCGCAGCGGCCCCUUCGAGGGCCAGCAGAACCCCGAGUUAGUUGCGGCCGAACAGCUCGGGAACAUGGCGCUGGACUCGGCGGGUAUCGGCCAGCCUGUCGCCAUGACGACGGAGCAGGAGGAGGUGGACGGCGGCGAAUGUCGCAGUGUGAAGAAGGCGGUUGGAGGGAAGAUGGAGUCUCCCGUGUCCACUCCUGCUCCUCCUCCCCCUCCUCUCCACCUCCUCGCUCCCGUCGCCAACAGCGACAUCUCGUCCCCCUGCGAGCAGAUCAUGGUCCGCACGCGCUCAGUAGCGGUGAACACGACGGACGCCGCGCUGGCGACGGAGCCGGAGUGUCUGGGACCCUGUGAGCCGGGAACCAGCGUCAAUCUGGAGGGCAUCGUGUGGCAGGAGACGGAGGACG